AUGCCUCGCGCUCCAGGUUCGGGCAAGCGACAGCAAGGCGCCGCCAGUCACCGCGACACUCGUCAUGAGAAUGGCCUUGUAGGCCCGGCCAAGCGAUCUUCAGACAAGAAGGGCUCAGGGCAGCUCGACAGCUCUGCUCGCCGAUCCGACCAAGGCGUCGCCGGCGCUGCAGGGCAGUCGACGCCAGCCAACGGCCUUACCAACGGUUCCUUCAAGCACUGCGUUUAUGAUGCCUCCAACGAUUCUCGCGCCAACGACGAUCCCCGCCGCUCCUCACUCGGCGCCGUAUCCGAAAUGUCUACCGAUUCGUCCAACUCCGGCGGCGCCAAUGGUGUCGUCGACGCCGGCCACCGUCAGAUCGAUGUCAAUGCCAUGAAGAACGCCGACGUUCACCGCGACUCGGGUCCAUUCGAUCUUGCCACCACCGUCCUCAAGACUCUGCCCAUGCAGGAUACGCUCGCGAUUCUCAUCAUCCUCAUGCACGUCCCGUCGCUCUCACUCACGGUCAUCUACACCAUCUUCACGUUCCUCACCUUUGUCCCUCCCGUCACGACCAGCUCGGGCAUGAACAUCAACCUCGCCGAGAUCUUUGACGGAAACUCUACUAUGCCGUCCUUGGUCACUGUUUUGUGUAUGGAUUUCUUCUUCCUUCUGAUAUGGCUUUUCCUGUGGGGUCCAAUCCAGGAUGCAAUUCUAGAUUUCGCCAAACCAGUCAUUGCCAUCACUCUAGGAGGAGGGACUAGCACGAGGGACGGAACUUCAAGAGGACUCACCACAUGCUUCAUGUGGGUCGUUGGCCAUCAUCUACUCCGGGGUACUAAAGCUCACUGGGGUCGCGUGGCUCGCCACAUUCCGGAGCAUUGGCGAAUCCCUCAUGUUUUCAACAGCUCUCUCAACCCCACCUCGAGCGUGUACGAUAAGAGGAGUGCAUACGGGUGGGUGAGGAGCGUUUUGGCUAUUCACAUCUUGACACAGGGCAUCGUACGAUAUGUUCGAGAAUGGUAUCUGAGGCGCGAAAAGGCCAAUGCCUCUGUCGGAGCCAACGAUCCCGAGGCCGGAAAGCCACCCAGUGUGGUAGGUGACACGGCCAACGAGGGAGGAUUCGCGACGCCCGAUACAGAGACAGGGCUGCAAUCAGCGCCUCCUGUGUCAACAAGCAAAAAAAGAAGAAAGCAAAGCACUCAAGUUCGCCUACAGCAACCGCUGUGGGCAGCACUAGCGAGCACAAAGAUUGUUGUAGUGAAGGAAUAUGAGUUGUCUCAUGCGGCCUCAGAGUCGGCUGGGACCAACGCAACUGACAUUCACAACCUUGGAAACGCUCCUUUCAACAACCAACCCAGCCAAAUAUGGAUAUCCUACAUCGGAAGCGAUGAAGUAUGUUUUAGCACCAGCCAUUUCCCCGAAAUCGAUGACGACGCACCGCGAUCCGUCGAGUCUUCAGGCGAGGACUCGCGACCUUCCAAUAUCGACACUUCGAAGCCUUUCUACGUCCGGGUUAACAACGCUGUGUGGCAGCCUACGCGCAUGUUUCCUAUCGAGGAAUCCCCGGAGGAUUCACAAGAGGGUGUGCGUUGGACAGGUGAUAUCUACGGACUCCGACCUGCUUCCAAGUACGAGUGCGAGUUUCUCGACAGCCAGACGGACAAGGUUCUUUUCUCCACCAGCAUCAGGACCAUCCAGGCUACUCAGCGAGAGGCGGACGGUGUCCCCCCUCCUGUGGCCAAUGGACAGCGUUCUCUUCGACCGGAUUCUCCCGCCACGACUCUCAGGACUUCGCUUGCUGCGGUUGAGCUGAAGUUUAACGAGGAAAAGUCACGCCUCAAGACUCUUCGAAAGGAGUUUAAGAACCGGGCCAGCAGUCUCAGAAAGGACAAUGAGCUUUUGGAUAACCAACUUGCGUCUGCCGGAAACCACGACGAAAAAUUCAGACAAAAGAUUCGCCAACAGGAACUUGGAAAAGCGCAAGCCGAGCGGGAGACCAAGGAGAUUACUGAACAGCUCAAAAACUUUGACCACUCGCCUGACCUCCUCGAGCAUAAGAAGAGAGUCGAGAGACAAUACAGCAGUGAGAAGAAGGUUUUCGAUACAGCUCAGAAGGCGUUCAAGGAACACAAGGUCGGGUUGGAGAAAGAGAUCAAGGCCAAGGAGGUUGAAAAGUCCAACCUCAACACUCGCCGAAACAAGGUCGCCACGCGCAUUGCCAAGGAACGUAAUGUCUGGCAGGAUCAUGUAGCCGGCAUCGAAGCGAACUACAAUGAGCGACUUGCCCAAGUCCGUGCUGACAACGCGGCUCGGGCUGAGCACAUCAGGAACGCCCAGAUGCAGCUGCAGAGCUUCCACGAGUUCAUCAACUCGGCCAACGGCAUGGCGUAUGAGAUGGCUGAUGCAGGCCACCCGCACCUUGGUCCUCCUUUUCAGCCCACCACGACGAGUACUUGGAAUCCUGAUCCCACAGCUCCUCCGCAUUACCCGACUGGUCUCUGGCAAGGUUCCGGCGAUGUCCUUCCUUCAGUUUCUGCUCCUGCACUCCCUUCCAUGUCGCUUUGGCAGCCCCCGCCGACUGCAUCUUCUUUUGAGCCACGAGUGACCCGAUCUAGAGGACGCAGCUCCAGCAUGCUGAGUAACGUCAGCGGCUUCACUCAGUCGAGCGAUGAGGAGUAUGCGUCGCCACCCAUGGAGUCUCAUCGAGUCAGACACAUCUGGGCGAGUCGUACCAGGGCCAGCGGAAGCGGUGGCGGUAGCACCGGCAGCAGCGGUGAUCCGACAAGCCCUUGAGUGUCUGCACAGUUGUGUGAGCGAUUCGUUUGGACUUGAUGGAGAUCUGCAACUGGUGGAAGCGGCUGUUUGGUUUGAUUCGAGGUAGCUUGGCUGUGAAUAGCUCUUGCAGGUGAAUAAAAGUAGUGCCUUUGUU